GCCCGCUACUUUCUGUCCAUUGCAGACGACGGAAAUGAGCGACGUGAGAUUCAUACAAAGUUGAGAGCGCGCGGCGAAGACUACAAACAACAUUUAGACCUGACGAAGACAGACCCUACAGUGCCGCCAUGUUGAGUCUAGAGGACCCCACAAAUCAGGCUGAACGACUCCUUCAGACACUACAAGACAUGAGACAGAAGGAGGAACUAACAGACGUCACUCUGGAGGUGGAAGGGCGUAGCUUCCCGUGCCAUCGUAACGUCCUGGCCGCCAACAGUCCCUACUUCUCGGCCAUGUUUGCAGGAGGGUUGGCGGAGGCCAGACAGGACAGGGUAACCAUCAACGGGAUCAGUCAUCACAUCAUGGGCCUCAUCCUGGACUAUUUCUACACUGGAGUACUGCAGGUGACUGAGGAUCAGGUACAGGAGUUGUGUGCAGCUGCAUGCCUUCAUCAGUGCGAGAAGAUACAGGAAGAAUGUUCCAGAUUCCUCUGCACAAAGGUCUGUGAGAACAACUGUGUGGGGAUGUUUGCCUUCUCUGAUACCUACGGCAUAGAAGACCUGAAGUACAAGAGCCGGAGAUAUGUGGAAACGUAUUUCAAGACUGUCUGUAUCUCCCCUGACUUUCUCCAGCUACCUCUGUGCCAGACAGUUGAACUUCUGUCCCUAGUUGACUUGUAUGUAGAUAACGAAGAAACAGUUCUGGAAACAGCUAAAAGCUGGCUGAAGGAAUCACAGGAACAUGAACAGUUUGGAUCAGAGAUGCUGAAGUGCAUCCGUCUGCCACAUCUUUGCAAAGAAGCAGUGAAAAGGGUGAGCGAAUUUCUUGGCAUGCCCCAAGAAGAUGUAGACUUGCAGUUAGAAGAGCAAAGCAAGAGUGUUAAGGAUGCUAUGAGACAGGCAGAAGGAAUGGAGGAAGGACUAGAUACAGGAGACACAGAUUCAGACACUCAAGACGAAGACACAAGCCACGGUUCAGCUGAUGUUCCUUCCAGUCUUGGUAGAGACAAAGUGAAGGGAAACAACACUUCUGUACUUACUUGUGCACCUCGACUUGGGACAAGAUACAAGGAAAUGAUUAUCUUCCAGACAAAGUUGGUAGACUCUGACGGCAGCCAUGGUUUUCCUGCCUACGAGCCACGCUCUGGAAAACUGUACAGUCUUUUCUCUCAAAGGAUCGGCCAACACAUGUGGGACAAUUAUGAGGACACAGACUACAUUAUCCACAGCAUGGUCGCCACACCCACUUGUGACCUGUAUGCACUGAGCUACAUAGACCCUGAAGGAAUCGACCACGACUUACCGCUUCACGUCCACUGUUUGGUGCGUCCGAAGGAAAGGAAGCAGGUGUGGAGAUACCACGGUUACGCUCUUCAGGACAAUAACUACAACCUUAGUUACUGCCCGCUGGUGUACUUAAACGAACAUGUGUACACCAUGAAGCUGGGACCGCCAGAUGACCCCUCGCAGACGUGGCACUGGUUGUACAGGAAGAGCAUGCAGGACAUGAUUGGUGUAGAGAUCGACGCGCCGUGGUUACGGAGACACUGGGGAGACCAGUCCUGGGAGAGAUGGGAGCAGCUGCCAGCACAACGCGUCGGUACCCUGGCAGCGUGCGGCGACUUGCUGUAUUUCAUCGGUGACACUGUCUUCUACAGGUGUGACCCUGACACUAAAACUCUCACCACCCUCCCCCUCCCCCCAGACCCGAUCAACAAGCUGGAUGAGCGGCCCGUUCUCACAGCUCACAGAGGCUUGCUGUACUUCCUGAAGCACAGGACCACCGUCGACCAUCUACCAACGUUGCAGAUCUACGAUCCAACAGAAAGCAAGUGGAGAGUAGGACCACGGCUUCCCCUUCUGUCCAACAAAGUUCAACUCCUCGUCCUACAACUGGUGGUGUAUGGCGGACAGUUAGUCCUGGUGGUCGGCACCAAGGAAUGGUCGUGGAGCUGUCCUGAUCAGAGCGCCGUCCAGUUGUCAUUUUUCAAGUAUGGCGCGCGCUGCUGGGAGCAGGCAGACAUCGAUCCUCCACCGAUAGGGAAGUACUUAGCUGAUGAGGUACUACCUUUUGGUGUGAGCUGUCUGGUGGCCAAACUGAUUCCAGAAUCACUAGACAAUGGUGACAGGUUCCAGUUAUCUAAGUUAAUAGGUGUAGGGUGAAUGGUAUAAAGUGAAAGUCAGGUAAUGUCACAGGUGACUUUU